CGCCUUCCCACCAGCCUUCACGGCACCGUGCUCGGUACUUGAAGUCCCGGCAAGCACGGCGGCGUUUUAGCUCCGCCUCUCUCCUCCCUCUGCUAGCGAACCCCACCGCCCCAGCCCGCCCCGCCCCGCGCCGGGGCCGGAGCCGCAGCCCGAGCGGCGGGGUGACCAUGGAGGAAGAAGAUGAGUCUCGAGGGAAAACAGAGGAGUCGGUUGAAGAUCGAGGCGAUGGUCCGCCAGACAGAGACCCCACGCUUUCUUCUACUGCCUUUAUCCUGCGGGCCAUUCAGCAGGCUGUGGGAAGUUCCCUGCAGGGGGAUCUGCCGAAUGAUAAAGAUGGCUCUCGGUGUCAUGGCCUUCAAUGGAGGCGCUGCCGGAGCCCACGGUCAGAGUCCCGUUCCCAGGAAUCAGGAGGAACUGACACGGCUACUGUGCUGGACAUGGCUGCAGACAGCUUCCUGGCAGGGUUGGUGAGCAUCCUGGACCCUCCAGACACCUGGGUUCCCAGCCACCUGGACCUGCGUCCUGGCGAAAGCGAGGACAUGCUGGAGCUGGUGGCUGAGGUCCGAAUCGGGGACAGGGAUCCAAUCCCUCUGCCAGUACCCAGCCUGCUGCCCCGUCUCAGGGCCUGGAGGACCGGCAAAACGGAGCCCUCAGCAGCUGGCGGACGCUACGUUUGGCACGUUGAUAUUUCUCUCCCCACUCGAAUUUUCUCCCCAGUCUCACUCUUCUCGACCCCCCUGUGCCCGCCACCUCCUAACCUUGGGCACUGGAGACGGGGGCCCCGCCCCACCCCCUGCGCCCUCCUCUGCAUCCUCUUCCCGCCGGCCCCGUCCUCUCCCUGGGACUCCAAGAAACACCGCUCCCGGGACCACAAGCCCGGUUCCCACGCCUCGUCCUCCGCCCGCCGCCGCUCAAGGUCCCGCUCUGCCCGCCGCCGCUCUCGCAGCCCUGACCGCCGCCGUGGGGGCAGCCGCAGAUCACGGUCCCGGGAGAAGCGGCGUCGACGUCGGCGGCGCUCAGCCUCCCCACCCCCAGCCACCUCCUCGUCGUCGUCCUCAAGGCGCGAGCGGCACCGCGGCAAGCACCGGGAAGGUGGCAGCAGCAAGAAGAAGAAGAAGCGCUCCCGGUCCAGGGGUGAGAAGCGGUCAGGGGACAAUGACAAGGCCCCAGCCCCGGCCCAGCCGCCCUCUGGUUCAACUUCAUUGGGUGGGGAGCGUGACAGCCGCCGCCGGGGUGCCGUGCCACCCUCCAUCCAGGACCUCACGGACCACGAUCUCUUUGCCAUCAAGCGGACCAUCACUGUGGGCCGGCCAGACAAAUCCGACCCCAGAGGCCCCUCACCGGCCCCAGCCUCCUCACCCAAGCGGGAGGUCCUGUAUGACUCGGAGGGACUAAGCACUGAGGAGCGAGGUGGCAAGAGCAGCGAGAAGGACCGGCGCCGCUCUGGGGCUGCCUCCUCCUCCUCCAGGGAGAAGGGAUCUCGGCGGAAGGCGCUGGAUGUGGGGGACCGGGACAGGGACAGAGAUAGGGACAGGGACAGGUCAUCCAAGAAGGCCCGGCCACCCAAGGAGUCAGCACCCUCCUCAGGGCCCACGCCCAAGCCCCCAGUCAGCAGCGGCUCAGGCUCCUCCUCCUCCUCUUCAUCCUCUUCAUCCCGGAAGGUGAAGCUGCAGUCCAAGGUGGCCGUGCUGAUUCGAGAGGGUGUAAGCAGCACCACCCCCGCGAAGGAGGCCGCGUCCGCUGGCCUGGGCUCCAUCGGAGUCAAGUUCAGCCGAGACCGUGAGAGCCGCUCCCCCUUCCUCAAGCCUGAUGAGCGGGCCCCUGCUGAGGUGGCCAAAGCAGCUCCGGGCAGCACCAAGCCCAAAAAGACCAAGGUCAAGGCCAAGGCUGGGGCCAAGAAAGCCAAGGGGACCAAGGGAAAGACCAAGCCAUCUAAGACCAGGAAAAAAAUCCGCAGUGGUGGCAGUGGUGGUGGCACUGGUGGCCCUGUGACACUGAAGAAGUCCAAGGCAGACAGCUGCAGCCAGGCGGCAGGAUCCAAGGGGGCUGAGGAGACAUCCUGGUCCGGUGAGGAGCGGGCAGCCAAGGCCCCCAGCACCCCACCCCCCAAGGCGGCUCCUCCGCCCCCUGUACUCACACCGGACUCGCAGACUGUGGAUAGCAGCUGUAAGACACCUGAGGUCUCUUUUCUGCCCGAAGAGGCCACCGAGGAGACUGGGGUCCGAGGUGGGGCAGAGGAGGAGGAGGAGGAAGAGGAAGAGGAAGAGGAGGAGGAAGAGGAAGAGGAGCAGCAGCCUGCUACCACCACGGCCACAAGCACGGCUGCAGCCGUCCCAAGCACCGCUCCUAGUGCAGGGUCCACAGCCGGUGACUCGGGGGCAGAGGACGGGCCGGCUACCCGUGUCUCCCAGCUACCCACACUGCCCCCACCCAUGCCCUGGAACCUGCCUGCUGGUGUGGACUGCACCACCAGUGGUGUCCUGGCCUUGACUGCACUUCUCUUCAAGAUGGAAGAAGCCAAUCUGGCGAGCCGAGCAAAGGCCCAGGAGCUGAUCCAGGCCACCAACCAGAUCCUCAGCCACAGAAAGCCACCCUCCAGUCUAGGGGUGACACCAGCUCCUGUGCCCACCUCUCUGGGUCUGCCCCCUGGCCCCUCCAGCUACCUGCUUCCUGGCAGCCUUCCCCUGGGGGGCUGCGGCUCUACCCCUCCAACCCCCACUGGGCUGGCUGUAGCGUCUGACAAGAGAGAGGGCAGCAGCAGCUCUGAGGGACGUGGGGACACAGACAAGUAUCUGAAGAAGCUGCACACGCAGGAGAGGGCCGUGGAGGAGGUGAAGCUGGCCAUUAAGCCGUACUAUCAGAAGAAGGACAUCACCAAGGAGGAGUACAAGGAUAUCCUGAGGAAGGCUGUCCACAAGAUCUGCCACAGCAAAAGUGGGGAGAUCAACCCCGUGAAGGUGAGCAACCUGGUGCGCGCCUACGUUCAACGCUACCGCUACUUCCGCAAGCACGGCCGCAAGCCAGGGGACCCCCCAGGGCCUCCACGGCCACCCAAGGAGCCAGGGCCCCCGGACAAGGGCGGUCCAGGCUUGCCCCUGCCCCCUCUCUGAGACCCCCAGCUCCCGUUCCCUCCUAUGCCUCUUUGGAAUUCUGGACGUAUUUAUGGCUCCACCUCCCCGCUUCCCUCCCCCGUCAGUGGGAUGAUUGGGGGAGGGCUGCUGUGGGGAAGAGGAGAGCCCCCUGCCCAGUCCCAUGCCCAUUUCCCGUGUCCACAAGCCUGUCCCCAUCACCCCUCCCCUCUGUUCAUGCCCUUCCCCCAGUUUCAUUAAAGAUUUCAUGAAAUGUUAA